ACAGUGCUUUCGCGGAGUGUACACAAAAAAGGAAAGACUUUCUAUUCAGCCAGCUGCAGCAGUUGCACGCACAACAAACGCUGGGGCUGCAAAGGAACACGAACAACAUUUCUACACUUCACAUUCUAUUUAAAAUUGUCUUAACUGUUCGAAUAAAUAAACAAAAUAAACAAAAUUUUUACUCAAAAUUUGAGUGCCAAUUAAAGGGCGCAUUUUGGCGCGUGUGUGUGUGUGCGUGUGCAACUAAAAAGUGCAUUAGAAAAUCAAUUGAAAAUUGAUUUUUAACCAGUGCUAAGUGUGUCAACAACAACAACAACUGCAACAAAAUGGUGCAAAAAUUUCAAUCACCCGUUCGCGUCUACAAAUAUCCCUUUGAGCUGGUUAUGAAGGCCUACGAGCGUCGCUUUCCCACAUGCCCCCAAAUGCCAAUAGUGCUGGACUGUCAGGUGAUCAAGGACGAGUGCUUGGAGAAUGGGGCCAAAAGGAAUACGAGUCGACGCUGCAAACUGGCCGUAGAUGCACCCUACAUCUUUAAGAAAUUGAUUGGCGUCGAUUUUGUGUUCUUUCUACAGCACAAUUAUCUGGAUAUGACGAAUCGCACACUGAGCAUUGAAGCAGUCAAUGAAAGUUUCUCCUCACGCAUCGAAAUCUUUGAACGUUGUCGUUACUAUGCACAUCCGGAUAAUUCGGAAUGGACGUGCUUUGAUCAGACCGCAACACUGGAUAUUAAAAACUUUUUUGGCUUUGAGCAUUCCAUGGAGAAAAUGGGCAUGAAACAGUACACACAAACGACGCUUAAGGGUAAAGAGAUCAUUGAGUUCUUCAUCCAGCAGCUGAAGGAGGAGGGAAUUACGCAUGUGGAACGCUGGGUGCCACCAUUGAAUGCUCCCAAAUCGCCAAUCACUGGUGAAAAUCAUGAUAUACUGCUCGAUGGUGAUUUUAUCGCACGCAAUUUGGGGCAAUUGUCACCGAUGCAGGAAUCCAAACUGUUGGAGCUGCGAAAAAUGCUCGAUGGUGUUGAUGAUCUGGAGCGCAUGCCCAGUUAUCAGACCAUCUUGCGUUUCUUGUCAGCACGCGACUGGCAUGUGAGUCAGGCCUAUGCCAUGCUCUGUGAUUCCCUUAAAUGGCGUCGGGAGCAUCGCAUCGAUGAACUGCUCCAGGAAUAUAGCAAGCCAUCUGUUGUGAUUGAACACUUCCCAGGCGGUUGGCAUCAUCAUGACAAGGAUGGUCGACCCAUUUAUAUUCUGCGUCUGGGUCACAUGGAUGUCAAGGGUCUGCUCAAGUCCUUGGGCAUGGAGGACCUACUGCGUUUGGCCCUGCACAUUUGCGAGGAGGGUAUUCAGAAGAUUAAUGAAUCAGCCGAACGCUUGGAUAAGCCCGUACUCAAUUGGUCAUUGCUGGUCGAUCUCGAGGGUCUCUCGAUGCGUCAUUUAUGGCGUCCUGGCAUCAAGGCAUUGCUCUACAUCACCGAGACCGUUGAGCGCAACUAUCCGGAAACCAUGGGCCGUGUCCUGGUAGUGCGUGCUCCUCGCGUAUUUCCUAUCGCCUGGACAAUUGUCAGCGCUUUCAUUGACGAGCAUACGCGCUCCAAGUUCCUGUUCUAUGGCCCAGAUUGUGGGCACAUGCGGGAUGGACUGGCCCAGUAUAUUGACGAGGAAAUUGUGCCAGACUUUCUGGGUGGUUCCUGCAAGACCAUGAUCCAUGAGGGUGGCCUUGUGCCAAAGACGCUGUACAAAAUGAACUCGCUGGAGGAUCAAGAUGAUGAGACGCCGGUUGCGUCUCGUGCUGCUUUGGCCUCGAUAUCGGCCUCGGCUGGAGAUGCUUGCAGUGAGGGCAAACGUUUGUCUGCCGCUCAUCAGCAUGAUCACAGAAAUCUCUAUAAGAGCGUUGAACUGAAGGCGGGAUUCACCCAUGAACUGCUCAUACGUAAUUCGGAUCCAAAGAGUGUGCUCACCUGGGAUUUUGACGUAAUGCGAAACGAUUUACACUUUACACUCUAUCGCGUUACCGAUGAGUUACCCGAUAAGCAUGAUGCGGCCGUUUCAUAUUUUGAUCUACAGGACUUUGUUGAGGGUGUUAACUAUUUCAGAGAGGAGCCAACACUCAUUUGCCGGCACAAGGAGAGCGUGCAGGGAUCGCACGUAAUGAAUCAUAAUGAUAGCUACCUAAUGCAUUGGUUCAGUCCAUCGGGUGCCCAACUGAACCUGUUCUACGAAGUUCUCAGCUCGGCUAACUACAAAGGAUCCAUGACCAGUCUACAGUCGGCAUUCUCAUCGAAUUCAUCGGCGACAAGCUCCUGCCAGAGUCGAUGAUAUGAGCAGAAUGGCCAGAGUGGCGUUGACACCCAGGCGACAACGUUGCCCUGUGCUCUCGGUCUUAAUGAGGAGCAGGUUGAGUUCGAUCUACUGUCGGGUACACUAAUGGAGAAAAGCUUGAAUCUAUUCGAUACGCCAGAUAUAUUUUUUUAAGCCUACCAAA